AUGAUUGACAUAAGUAGAACAAACAAUGAUCUUUACUAUCGCUACAAGAUGCCCAAGGCCGUUAUCAAGGUGGAAGGAAAGGCCGGAAACACAAGGACGGUGAUUGUAAACCUGGAGGAGAUAGGAUCCUCUCUCAAAAGGUCGCCUCUAUACAUUUUGAAGUUCAUGAGCUAUGAGUUAGCCACCAGGAUAGAUGCUGGGAAGGGACGGUAUGCCGUGAAUGGGAGGUAUGAGUGCUCAAGAAUCCAGGAUCUGAUAUAUGAUUUCAUUGAUGGGUUUGUUAUGUGCUCUUUCUGUAACAAUCCCGAGACAUUCUAUGUCAACAAUGGCGGGCUGUUUAUGGAAUGCUUAGCAUGUGGAAAGAGAUCCGGUGUGAAGGCUUCCAAGCUUAGUGGAACGAUCCUCAAGGAUGUGGAGAAGAAUUCUUUUGAGCGUGAUGAUACAUACCUCAGUGCUGCUGGGAUGGAGGACAGUGAGUACAAAGACGAUAUUCGGAGGCUGAUGGAGUCUGACUGCGACAGGUCUGAAGACGUUGUGAAUCUGCUUAAAGACCAUGGAUUGUCCGAUGAAAAAAUCGCAAAGGAGGUUUUGAUGUUUGACGGAGGCAUUAAGAAAUGCAAGAAGAUAACCGAGUUCAUUUCACCGAGGGCUUUUCUGAGCUCAGUAGAGGAGAUUGUCGAAGACGGAGGCGAAAAGAAAAAGAUCCAGGAAUAUCUGAGGAUGCUUGAGGAAGAAAAGAUGUUCAAAAGAAGUGAGCUCUUCAAGUAUUUUACAAGGCCCCAAGGAAAUAAGAAGAGAUCCCCUGAGUUCAAGAAGGAAGUGAGUGAGUACUUCUCGAACCAAUAA